AUGGACAAAUUUGUGAUCCGUGCAGGCCGUGCAGCAGCAUCGAAAAUAAUUGAUAGUUCUCCCACGAGUUCUACGUCAACAUGUAGCGCGGUGAAAGAUGCCUCAGCCUUGGGCAAUUGUGACGAUGCUACUGCUAGUGACAUUAGUGUUCAGAAACAGAAUACAGCAGAAAGUGGAAAAAGGGGGCGUUCUUAUCAAGAACAGUGGAAAGAAAAAUACGCAAUUCGUGGCCAUGUCGAUGAAAAUUCCAACUAUCGUGCAUUAUUGGCUUUGGUUGCCGAGGAUAAUACAGAUUUGGCAUCUUGGCUUCAGCGUUCUAAAUACAAGUGGAUUUCUCAUGAUGUUACCAAUGAAUUAGGUUCAAUUAUGGCUCAUGAGGUGUUAAAACACUUAGUGAAACUCGUGAAAGAUAGAGACGCUCCAUAUUUUUCUGUCUUAAUUGAUGAAACUGCUGAUGUGACCAAUCAUGAACAGGUGUCUAUUUGUUUCCGAUUUGUAGAUGACGAUUUUGAGAUCAACGAAGUCUUCUUUGGUUUUUAUAAGACUGAAUCCACCACUGCUGAAACUUUGAAAAAUAUUUUGCGUGAUGUUCUCACUCGUUUUGAUAUUGAUAUUAAGUUUUGUAGAGGCAUUGCGACUGACGGAGCGGCGAAUAUGACCGGUGCUUUAUCGGGUUUGCAGGCAAAAAUUCGAGAAAUCGAACCACGAGUUAUUCAAGUUCAUUGCUUAGCCCAUUCGUUGAAUCUCGUUGUUCAAGAGGCAAUGAAAGUACAGUCAACUGUGAGAGACUAUCUCGCAACUGCUAAGGAUCUGAUAACAUUUGUGUGUGCAUCUCCAAAAAGACAGGCCAUGUUUGAAUCCCUACAAAUGUCAGAUGAUGAUACCUUGGACAAUGUAACUCAAACUCAUCGGCUUCGCCCUUUUUGUCCAACCAGAUGGUGCUGCCGAAUAAGUUCUUUGAAAACGAUUAUACAAAACUACGAAGAACUUGUAUUGUUUUUGACUGAAAUUGAAGGUACCGACAGAUCUGAUGUUGGAGCAAAAGUGAAUGGCUUCUUGAAGCAUUUGCAGUCUUUUGAAUUCAUUUUUAUGUCGUGUUUUUUAAUAAAAAUUCUUGAUCCUGUAGAAAUGUUGAACGCUGCACUGCAGAGUUCUUCAUUGCAUCUACAAAUGGCUAUGAAUAAUGUAGAUAAUACUAAAGAAUUAAUACAAUCCUAUCGAACUGAUGAGCAUUUUGAUGAGAUCUGGAAUUCUAGUUUAGGAAUGGCCGAAAAAUAUCAAGCUGGUGAACCAGAACAGCCAAGAAUGAGGCAAGUGCCAAAAAGGUAUGAUAGUGGCGCACAGCCCACUAGAUUUUUAAGUCCGAAAGACUAUUACAGACAAAUUUACUAUCAAGUGGUAGACACAGUGAUAAACUCCAUCGAUGAUAGAUUUACACAAGCGAGUACUUCUCAUUUAAAGCACGUUGAAAGUUUCCUUCUUAGAAAAAAUAAGGAAGAUGAAGACCAAGACUAUGUGACCACAUUUUACAAAGAUGACUUUGAUAGCAACCGUCUGAUUUUGCACAGAGAUAUGCUCUUAGAUAUUCUGAAGUCAAAGAGUGUUUCACCUAAACAUUUCGGUGAUUUAGUGGAGUACAUAAAGGCCAACGAAAAUAUUCGAGAGCUGAUCCCAGAAACGCAUAUCGUCCUCAAACCCACAAACAUUGCUAGUAAAAGCUCUUCAAUUGAAGAUGUAUCGCAACAAGUGGAUAUGCUCGACCAAGUCAGUAAAAAGAAUUAUAAUCCACAAUUUUUGCCAUAA